GUGUGGCAGGGUCAUGAAGAAGAGGCGGUGGUGGGAGAGAGGUGACGGCGGCGGGGGCGCGAAACUGCGGUAGCCUCCCGCGGGGCCGGUGGUGUGGCUUUGUGGGGAGGGCGUAGGUCCUAGCCCCCUCUCGGGCAGCGGCCGGGGCUCGGGGCUUAGCGCGGCCGUGGAGCCGCCUCCCCGGGCCCCCUGGCUCCGCCAUGUUCCGCAGGGCACGCCUUAGCGUGAAGCCGAAUGUCAGGCCUGGUGUAAGCGCCAGGGGCUCUACCGCUCCCAAUCCCCAGCGCGGCCAGGAGUCUCCCAGGCCCCCGGAGCCUACGGCGGAGUCCGCUCCGAAGCCAGUGGAGCCCACAGAUGUGCCCGCGGUGGAUUCCGGGGCAGCGGAGCCCCAAGAAAAGGCUCCUAGGAGCAGUGAUGAGAAGAUUGGUGGUGAAAAUAAUGUUGAAGAAUCCAGCAAAUUGUCCUCCACCGUUUCACAGAGAAGAAAGCGAAUAUCAAGUACUUCUAGUUUGGUUAAGCCUAGUGUCAGUGUUCCUUCACAGUCUCAUCCCUUAUCUACAGUUAAUCAAGAUGCUCCACAGCCAAACCCCAUUCCAAGAAAAGAGAAACAGCCAUGCUCAGAUAGAUACCGAAUAUAUAAAGCCCAGAAACUGAGGGAAAUGUUAAAAGAAGAAUUGAGAAAAGAGAAGAAACAAUGGAAAAACAAAUAUGCUAUAAAUGAAAGUCAGAGGCCACCAGAUCGUUCAAAAAUGACUAUGAGAGACUUCAUAUAUUACCUGCCAGAUAAUAAUCCAAUGACUUCUUCACUAGAACAAGAAAAGAAAACUGAAAAGUCAUUGACUCCCGUCCAGUCAAGAGAUAGGCAGGAAAAUAAGAGCACGCUUGAUGUUGAAGAUAAUGAAGAAAUGCAAGAAGAGACAGAUGAUGGGCCAUUGCUGGUUCCUCGAGUAAAAGUGGCAGAGGAUGGUUCUAUUAUUUUGGAUGAAGAAAGUUUAACUGUAGAAGUUUUAAGGACAAAAGGCCCCUGUGUUGUUGAGGAAAAUGAUCCUAUAUUUGAGCGUGGUUCUACAACUACAUAUUCCAGCUUUAGAAAAAAUUAUUAUUCUAAGCCAUGGUCCAAUAAAGAAACAGAUAUGUUCUUUUUAGCCAUUAGCAUGGUAGGAACUGACUUUUCAAUGAUUGGACAACUGUUUCCUCACAGAGCAAGGAUAGAAAUUAAGAAUAAAUUUAAACGUGAAGAAAAGACAAAUGGAUGGAGAAUAGACAAAGCAUUUCAGGAAAAGCGUCCUUUUGACUUCGAUUUUUUUGCUCAUUUGCUUCAGAAAGUUCUUGCUGAGGAAGAGAAAAGAAAACAAAAAUCCAGUAAAAGUCAGAAUUUAAAGGAGAAGAAAUCCUCCAAACCACGGAAAAAUGUAAAAGUGAGAAAAGUUACUAGUGAAGGAGUAAAUGAUGAUCCCGAUGAGUCUGGGAGUACUAAUAUUUCAGAUACUCAGGAGGAUGCUCAGACAGUUGAAGAAGAGUCUCUGACUUUAUCAGGACAAGAUUUAGAACAAGUUGUAUUAGAACAAGACCGAAAUGAAAAGAAAAAGAGAAGGAAGAAUCAAGAUGAUGCUAAUGAACAGGAAGUGAAAACUCUUUUAGGAAAUUCCAGUGUUCAGUCAGUCCCUUUUAAAGAAGAAAAACACAAGAGUAAAAGUCCAUCUUCAAGGCCUGAAGUAAAUGAAGGUGAAAGCAAUAAGGAACAGAAGCUUCCCUGUGCACAGAACAGAGAUGACAUUGUGAGUUUAGCGUCUGGUGAAAAAGUUGAGAAGAGAGCUGACCCUGUCCUUUCAGAAAGUAAUCAACAAGAUACCAUGCCAGUAGCAACUGAGUUUUCAGAAUUAAGCACUUCAGAUUUGCCUCCAUCAGAAGUUGAAAUUAGAACAGGAGAAAGAAAUGUUGACCUGAAGAAUAAAUCACUGGAGACGGAUCCGGCAGAAAAUGUAAAACCAAUUUUGAGAGGUCGACUCCAGAAACCUAAACCGAAUCUAUCAAGAGCAGUUGGGAAGAAAUCAACUCGUUCACAAAACAAAACAGAUGCAGAGAGCAAGAGUUCAUGUUCAGAAACUUCAGUUGAGAAGAAUCACAUGGAAAAAAAUGAAGUGAAUACAGGUGACUGUUUUGAAAUGGAGAAUACAGAAAGAGAGAACCUAGAAGCUGAAACUGUAUCUAAUUCUAGUUUGAGUGACAAAUCUUGUCUGCAUGAAGAUAAUCAACCAAAGGCUUUUAGACCUACACGACCAAUAAGGGGCCGAUUACCAAGGCCAAAGCCAAAUAUAGGGAAAGCUGCAGAAAGAAAAGAAAUUCUUGGAUCACAGGAAAAAAUUGGGGUUGAUAGGGAGAAUAAUGAAAAUGAGUCCUGUGUUGGUGGAGAAAUUCCUCAACAAAUAGAAGAUCAGUCAUGUAAAAAUUUCAAUAGGGAAAUGUCACAUGUCAUAUCACAACCUGAGAGAAAAGAUUCUUCUUUUCAAAAAGUGGAACCAGAUGAGCCCAAGACUCUUAGUGAAUGUCUAAGCAUUCAAGAAGAUAAACAAGCAGAUGUUGUUAAACAAGUCCCUGUUUCAAGGACCCGAUUUCAGAAACCAAAGCCAAAUAUAGGAAGAGGAAAUGGAAGAAGAGAGAGAUCCUCUAAGGAAGAAGUACCAGGGGAGAUUCUUGCCUCUGGGGAAAUGACAGUGGCUUUGAGAGAAAUUGUAAAACUAGACACCCUACCGAGGGAGAAGGUACCAGUGACAACCACUACUGCUAAAGAAACUAAGUCAUAUUUAGAAGAAACUGGAAGAGACAUUUCUCUCAUGGAGAAGAUGCCAGAAAUAACUGAUAAUACUAUGGAAAUGCAGGCAGAUUUGAAAGCAAUUGGAAGAGAAAUUUGCCCAAGGGAGAUGCUAUCAGAAAUGACCGAGAGCACUGUGCAGAGGGAGACAGAUUUGAAAACAACUGGAAGAGAGAUUUCCCCAAGGAAGAAGGUGCAGGAAUUGAUUGAUGCCAUUCAGGAAAUAGACAAAAAUUUGGAAGAAACUGGAAUAAGAGAAAUAUCCCCACAGGAAAAUGUCCAAGAGAUCAAGUCUAUAGGUGAGAUGGAGACAAAUUUGAAAGAAACUGGAAGAGAGAUGCCCAUAAGGGACAGGACUCCACAAAAGAUUGAUGUCACUCAGGAAAGAAAGACAGAUUUGGAAGAAACUGAAGGAAGAGAAAUAUCUGCGUUAGUAAAGGCUCCAGAGGAAGUCACAACUAUAGAUGAAAUGAAAACAGAUCUGAAAGAAAGUAUAGGAGAUAUUUCCCAAAGGGAAAAGGUGCUAGUGACGGUCAAUGACCUAGAGGAAAGGGAGGUUGAUUUGAAAGAAACUGGAAGAGACAUUUCUCUGAUGGAGACCAUAGCAGGAGAGAUGACUGCCAUUGAGGAAAUGGAGGCAGAUUUGAAAGAUACUGGAAUAGACAUUUCCCUUAUGGAAACUGUGUCAGGAGAGAUGACUGCUGUUGAGGGAAUGGAGACAGAUUUGAAAGAUACUAGAAGAGACAUUUCCCCCAUGAAGACCACAUCAGGAGAGAUGACUGCCAUUGAGGGAAUGGAGGCAGAUUUGAAAGAAAUUGAAACAGACAUUUCCCUGAUGGAGACCAUAUCAGGAAAGAUAACUGCUAUUGCGGGAAUGGAGGCAGAUUUGAAAGAUACUGGAAGAGACAUUUCCCCGAUGGAGACCAUAUCAGAAGAGAUGAUUGCCACUGAGGGAAUGGAGGCAGAUUUGAAAGAUACUGGAAAAAAAAAUUCCUUGGGGAAGAGAGGAUCUGAAAAGAUGGGUGUUACCGAGGAAAUGGUGGCAGAUUUGGAAAAAACUGGAAAAACAGACAUUUCUCCAAGGGAAAACGAAUCAGAGGAAUCCAGUACUUCAAAGCAAACUGAAGCAAAUGUAAUGCAGAGCAGUAGUGGUGACACCAGUACCGUACCUUCACUAGAUAUGAAAAAUAUUAGCAGUGAAGUAUUAUCAGUGAUGCAUAUGCCUACAGAAGAAAACAGAAAUUCUGAAAAGGAGGUAUCCUGUCAUUUGAGUCAUUUGAAGACUUCUUCACAAACUUCUGAAAUUGGUGAAAUAGAAGACCAGGAGAUAAGACCUCCAGAUGUUCCAGAACAGUUUUCAGAUAUUAAUUUAAGAUCUCUUCUUCAAGAACAGAAGGCACCUGAAGUUAAACCAGCACCUUUUGUGAGAAGCCUAUUAAAAAGACCAAAACCAAAUUUAACAAGAGCAGCUUUAAAGAAAGAGACUGCAGAAGCCCAAAAAUAUGUACCUGGGAAGAAGUUGGAAACUGAUGAAGUAGAGACCACUGUGAUACAGCAGGACACUGAACAAGCUAGUACUCUCCCUUCUCAACAUGAUGUGGCUUCCCCAAUAACAUCAAGAGAAAAAAAUAAAUCGGGUCACAAGAAGGAGGAGACUGUCACAUUACCAUGUAUACAGACUGAAAAAGACACUUCACCUUCAAAUUCUCAUGAACCUAAAGAGGAGUCUCAGGCAACACAAACACAGGAAAAUGAAUUAGUUGUUCCUACGGGGACUCCUGAAAUUAAAGCUUUCCCACAAGAAGUGAAGGAAAGUGUUAUCCAAAGUUCUGGACCAGUGAGGGGUCGACUUCAGAGACCUAAACCAAAUAUAAGAAAGGCUAGACACAGGCAAAUAGUAGAAAAUGAUGAAGCCAAAGGCAUAAUUAAGGAAGAAAGAUCAUUACUACAAAAAAAUGAAAGUAAUAAGAAGUCCCUGACAAUGUCAAAUUCUCAACUUGAAACUGAAAUUGAAGCUGUAUCCUCCAAAGUUUCAGAAUGCAGAAUGGAUGAAAAUCAAAGUCAUGUGGUUCUUGUAGAAAACCUUCAUGUUAAUGAAAGAAAUAUUUUAGAUGAAAAGAUGAGACAUGAAAAUAAACCAUAUGUUCCUACUCCAGCACAAUUGAUAAGAAGGAAAUUCCAAAAGUCAAAACCAAAUUUGGGAAGGGCACACAGUAAGAAAGAGGAACCAGGUAUAGAAAAAGGUACAUAUCAAAGUAAGACAAGCAAACAAGAAGAUAAUUUGCCACAGCAAGGAAAUUCUGACAUCCAUUUCUUUCUAAAAGAAAAAGCGGAGAAUCUGUCAUCUAUGGAGGUUUCAGCAAGAAAAGAUUUUUUAGGCUCUAGAGAAUCUAGUUUGGCCAAAAAAGAUGCUCAAUUAGAAGAAGUUGGACCAUCUGGAAGUGUUGGAGAGGAAAAUGUAGGAACUAAUUCUGUGUCUUCAAUUGUAGAAGAGCAAUAUCUCAGUAAAGUAACAAGCCGUCCACAAUUGUUAAAAGAAUCAGAUUCCUCCAAAAUUGCUCUGGAUCGAAGAACAACUAUCAGUACUGCCUCUGUGUGUGAGACAGAUCAUAGUGAAAGGAGAACACAUAGGAAGAUCAAACCAAAUGUCACUAAAGGGCGUGGAUCAAAACGAACUCGGGGUAAAACCUCAAAGAAGGAACCUAGAGCUUCCAAGUCAACGCUGGUGACUCUUCGGGCUUCCCAGGAAGAAGAUGAAGAUGAUACUGAAGAUUUUGAAUCUGACUAUGAAGAAGAAAACUAUCAUCUUGCCCCAGAAGAAUUAAACAAGGCACCAGUGUUUGUUCCCAUUGGUCUGAGAUCCCCUGAACCUGUUUCUGCUCAGAUUGAGGAAACAAUGGAAGAGCUUGAAAUAACUGAGAAUGUUGCAGAUAUAGGAUGUGUAACUGUUGUUGAACAUGAGCUUUCAAACACAGAUGUAUCUACUCAGGAAGUAAAAGAAGAAAAAAAUUCGAAUACAUCAUCAUUUGAAAUAACCACAGGUGAACAGACCCAAGAUGAACCAGGUACCAAUGACGGAAGUACUGAAGCUGCCAUAACUUUACUAACAAUGGGAGAUCUAGUAUUGCAGUCAGAGAUCAGCACUGAACAGGGUGAUGUAGGAGUAUGUGUGUUUCCUGAUGUUCAUUCAAAGGAUAAAAGUCAUAUCCCUUUUAUCCCAGAUAAUGUAAAUCACAAAAUUGUUCAUGAAUAUCAGGAGGUUUUUUCACCUGUCAUUAGUACAUCUCCUGCAUCAUUUGAAGAAAACAAGAUUGUACUGGAGGAACAAAGUACUAGAGAAGAAGUUGGUUUAAUGGAAGAAGUCAAGAAGAAUGCUACGUUGACCAGGAAUACAACUUCUAAAGUGACCAAUAAUUUGAGAAUGAGAAGUAGAUUUGUCAAACCAAAGCCAAAUCUUGAGAAGGUUUUACGGACCAACAGGUUUCAUGCUCAUCAGAAAGUUCCCGGUUUUUGUGUUUUAAAAGGGGAAGAAGUAGAAAUUCAAAGAGAAACUGAGAAAAAUGCUUCCAAAGCGACAGAAUUAGGAGAGAAAAGCCUUGGGCAAGUUACAACAACAGAGAGUAAGGAGCAGAACAAAUUGGCAUCUGUACAUGAUAUCAAAGGGACCAGUAUUUCACAAGAAGCAAACUUAACAGAAAGAAAUGAAGAUCAAGAGGAGAGAUCUCAAGAGGUUGAGAUAGUGUCAGUUACUCCAGUUGUUUCCUCUGAGCAAGGACCCCAUACCCUUGAUUCGGGUAGGGAUGUUGGUGAGAGUUCUUUUGAAGAGCCCCUGAGAAAGAACACAGAAGGAGACAGUGUGCUCAAACAUCAUGUGCCAGAGUGUAUACCAACCAGUAUUCCAGAAGUCCAACAAGAGAGUGUAAUCAAUUCUGAAGACCUAACAGUGAAUCUGUUUGCUGAUGUACAAGAUGGAGAGGAAGAACAAGCAUUCAUUUUAACUCUGGUAGAAAUCCCAACCAAUGCUACAGAAGAAUUUACGGAUGCUGCUCAGUUAAUGCCAAACCCUUUACUACCAGCACCCAUAUUGGUCAAAUCCAUUAAUACUGAAGAAAUAGGCGAUAUGAGUAAGCGUUUACCACUAACUUUAGUUGGUCAAGAUGCCAUAUGUUUAUCUAAUUCUGCAAGAGAUGCUUCUGAACAGCCUCCUGCUAAUUUGGAUCUUAUAUCAAGGAAGAGAUCUCAUUGCACGCUUGAUGAAAGCAACCAUGUUUCUCCUGCCAAAAAAAGGUCUCUCACUUCAGGAGAUGGUUGUCAACAAUAUACUUCUGAGGUGUGUUCAGAGAAAUUAAAUGUUUUUGAGGAAACAGGGGACUCUUACAAGGAACGAGGUAUUUUCCCUACCUCAGGAUGCACACGAGCAACUCCAGAACCUCAAAAAGAGAAACUUGAAACAACUUCUGAGAAUAUAGGGUCUAGGUCUGUUGGUAGAAUAAGAGAUGUGUGUAUAGAAAAGAAUAUGCCUCAGUUGCCUCAGGAUGAGAUGGUUGUAUCUGAUAAAGAAAAAGGAACAGAUUCUGCUUCUACAUCUGAACAAAUGGGUAGCAGAGUGGCACCUUCAAAAACUCCACUGUCCAGGCGUGGCAGAAGACCCCUGGGAUUUUUAUCUUUAAUAUGCUCAAAGAAUAAUUUGGAAUCUGACGAACCUACUCACGUCCAUAGUAAGAAGCGCGUAAAACCUCUUAUACCUGUAUCGAGGAGGAAUUUGAAACGAUCUAAUCCACUUAGUGAAGGCGAGAAAAAGAAUCAAGAGUCCUCUGAUCUGCUUCCAUCUCCAAGUGUUGCUACUAAUACACAAUCGGAGAAUAUUGACAGUUCAUCAGCUCAGGUUUCUUGUGAUCAGCCCUUACUGAAAGAAGAACAUAAAAGUGGCCAACACCGGGCACCUGAUCAGGAGCCAACCACAGUCUCUGAGUAUUUCUUCAGUGAUAUCUUCAUUGAAGUAGAUGAAACAGAAUGAAACAAUCUUUUGGGUUUCUUCUUCUUUUUUUCUUUUUUUAAGUAUUGGAAUUUCCAGAAUCAAUCACAUCAGCAAAGCAGCAUUUAGAAAAACGCAUCACUGUUUAUUUUUCUUUAGGUCAAGUUUGAACAUCUAGUGAGCUCAAGUUAAAGCUUUUAUAAUUAAUGGAAAACAUUGCUGAGGUUCCUUUGCUUCUGAUUGAUUCAGCAUUUUGGAAAUACCAAGCAAUUAAGACUGCUUUCUCAGAAAUAACAACUCUUGUUUACAUUUUGACGCUUCCUGUUUUGAGCACAUGUGGACAUUGGGAAUAUUGUGGAUUAAUGUCUGUAUAAAUCAGUGCCCGACAUUGGAGGUUGAUUGUAUUUAACAUUCAGUGAACUUCUUUUGUAAAGGUUUUUGUUUUUAUUUUCCUUUUUGGGGGGAUGAUGAAGGCCCUUUCAGUUGCCUCCAAGUAUAUGAAAGCAAAUUGUCCACUUGUAUGGUAAAGUUAAAAAACUUUUCUAUUAUCAGUUGUGUAUCUGACUCACUCAAAAAUAUGUAUUUUUCUAAUUCAUGGUGAUGUACCAUUAGUCCUAAUUGAAGAACUAGUAUUUAAAUUUACUAUUUAUAAAGUUGAUACAUCAAAGAGCUUAUUUAUUUUUAAAUUUUUAUUUAAAAGCAUACUCAGUUUUAAUUAUAUGCACCCCUCAGAUUGUGGGUAAAGAAGGCAUUAACAAAUUUUAUGUUUGUCUCCUUUCCCUCUUUAUUUGUAGAUAUUUAAAAUGAUAUAACUAAAAAUGUUUGGGUAGUAUGUAUGGUUUAAAUGCUUUUUUUCCUCAUAGUUUAGUAUAUUGACUUUGUACUGUGAAUUUUUAUUUUUCUUAUUUCAUGGGUAAUCUCAGGAUUUUCAGGGAGAGAAAAACUAAACUUAGGAGACAAAUUUCUCACACAAAACUCAGUCUUCUGUGGGGCACGGUGGCACACGCCUGUAAUCCCAGCAGCUCAGGAGGCUGAGGCAGGAGGAUCAUUAGUUCAAAGCCAA